AUGAAUAUUUCGGCUGAAGGCUCCAUGUCGUGCAUCUCGGCACAGCUUAUGCUCGUUUCGAUUGUGGCUGAGCGAUGGGUAGCUGUCGUUUUUCUUAGUAACUAUGAGAAAGGAUAUAGGAAACUUGGACCAGCAUUGAUAGUAGCUGCUGUUGUGAUCACCAUUGGUACCUGUGUUUUUCUGUAUUGGGGUGAGACAUUCGACGAGCCACAGAUCAAUGCUCGAGUGCUCCCGAGCACCAUAUUUCUUCGAGGGAAUACGUUAAUAUUCGUAUUGUUAGCUACGAACUUCACCGGCUUUGCUCUGACGAUCGCAUUGCGCUUUGUUAGACCGAAAUUGCAGAUACGGAUGCCACUCUCUCUGAAGUUCCAAUCAAAGGAAAACGUCAUCGCGUCAAACCUGCUAUUUUGGAUCUCAACGAUGCAAUUCAGCGCAUUCUUUUUCAGUCAGCUUGCAGCUCUAUAUGUGAGGUUCAAUCUGUCCAAGAAUCCGCUCUCGCCAGCGUUCAAGGAAAACACCGAUGUGGGUAACCUUUUCUUACUAUAG